AUGUCAUUCAGAGGAAGCAGUCGAGGUCGCGGUGGCUCUGCAACCGGUGCCAAUCGAGGCGGCUCGGGCUUUGGUGGGCGUGGUGCCUUCAUUCGGCCCUCCGGCUUCGGUAUUGGACUCCCGUCCGUAAAAGUUGAUGAAGUCCUAGGCCCUAUCAACCAGGUCUACUUUACCAUAAAGCCCCAAGAAGGAAUCGUCGCAACUUCGUUCAAAUCGGGGGAUAAAUUUUACAUUGGAGGAGAUAAGUUGUUACCACUAGAGAAGUUCUUGCCUAAACCAAAACCACCUCCAGGUGCCCCAAAACCAAAAAAGGUCGGAGGUGCUGGACGAGGCGCCGCUCGCGGUGGACGUGGUGGGCGCGGAGCUUCCCGCGGAGGUAGAGGUGCACCACGAGGCCGGGGCGGAGCUCCAGGGAGAGGAGCCCCUCGCGGUGGAAGAGGAGGGUUUACAGCCCGCGGUGGCUCAAGGGGCGGAUUUCGCGGUGCUUCUGGUGGACGGAGGUUCUGA